CUGAGCCGAGCUGUGAGAGCGGAUUCACAGCUCUUAGAGCUUUCGGUUAUUUUAUGUGUUAUCAACUAGAACGCUUAAAACAACCACAAUAAUAAUAAUUACUUUAAAAAGCGUUAAACAGGUGGCGUGUAAAUAGUAAGACAGUUAAGAAAGCACUCCGUUUUGUCGUUAUUUGGGUCUGUUUCUGUUUUCCUCCUCCUUCCUGUUUUGUUGUGUCAGGGAGAACAAACGACAGCGCGAGCCGAAAGGACGACAGACGGACCGAUAGAGAGACAAGACAGCAUUAUCCCUCUCUCUCUGUCGGUGUUUGUGUCUGUGUCAUUCUUGGCUGUCGUGUCCCCGGGUCUGCUCGCGUCCCGCGGAGUCUUAAUGCCCGCGGAGGAUGAGCCCAGCCAUCGAGGGGAUGGAGCCAGAGCAGCCGAUGGCUUUGGGGAAGGGGGUGCUCCUUGAGCCCUUCGUGCACCAGGUGGGCGGCCACUCGUGCGUGCUGCGCUUCGGUGAGCAGACCAUCUGCAAGCCGCUCAUCCCGCGGGAGCACCAGUUCUACAAGAGCCUCCCAGCGACCAUGCGCAAGUUCACUCCGCAGUACCGAGGGGUGGUGUCGGUGAGCUUCGAGGAGGAUGAGGAGGGUAACUUGUGUCUCAUUGCCUACCCGCUGCACAGUGACCUGGGUGAUCUAGAAAAUGUGGAUCCCUCAUCGGACCUAGAACCUAAGAAUAAGAUGAAGUGGUCGAAUAAAAUGCUGCUGGACAAUGAAGGCUAUAGCAAGGAAAGAGCCAGACACUCGCGCAAGGACAAAGACAAGAGUCUGAAGCGUGAAGAAGAGCUGGAGUGGUUCCAGCAGGCUGAGGUGCUGUACUAUAGCUUGGAGAGGAGUAAUGCUGCUGCACCACAGCUCAAGCACAACCCCUGGAGCCUCAAGUGCCACCAGCAACAUCUGCAAAGGAUGAAAGAGAAUGCCAAGCACCGCAACCAAUACAAGUUUAUCCUGUUGGAGAACCUGACAUGGAGUCACAAGAUGCCAUGUGUUUUGGAUCUGAAGAUGGGUACACGGCAGCAUGGUGAUGAUGCUUCUGAGGAAAAGAAAGCCAUGCAGAUCCGCAAGUGCCAGCAGAGCACAUCGGCCAGCAUCGGGGUCCGUCUGUGUGGCAUGCAGGUCUACCAGGCUGACUCUGGUCAGCUCAUGUUCAUGAACAAGUAUCAAGGACGCAAACUGACAUUGGCUGGUUUUAAGGAGGCUCUGUUCCAAUUCUUCCAUGAUGGGCAGAGAUUGCGACACGAGCUCCUCUCCCCUGUUUUACGGCGACUCCGAGAAAUGCAGGCCGCCCUGGAGGCGUGCGAGAGUUACCGCUUCUACUCCAGCUCACUUCUCAUUAUCUAUGAUGGAGACCCGCCAUGCUCACGUCGCUCUACAGAGGACACCCUCUCUGAGGAAGAGGGAGAAGAGGAAGAGGAGGAGGAAGAGGAGGAGCGAGGAGCAUUUGGGUUUCCGCACGGCACUGUAGGAGCGAGUGGGAGCAGCAGUUGUGGUGCUAGCAGUGGUGCUAACAGCAGCAGUGGGAACUCCAGGCCAGUGGUGGAUGUGCGAAUGAUUGACUUCGCCCACACCACAUGCCGGCACUACAGGGAGGACAGUGUCGUGCACGAGGGCCAGGACACAGGAUACAUUUUUGGCCUCCAGAACCUCAUAACUAUUAUCUCUCAGUUAGAGGACCACAGUGCUGAUUGAGCUGGGCCUUUUUAUGUGCAAUAUUAAUACACAAAAUAUAGAACCAGACUGCAUAUGGUGCGAAAGCAGAGAGUUUACCAGUGUCAAUCUCUGUCAAAUGUCAUCGUCUCUCUUUUUUUUUUUUUAAAUUCUCACAGCUCUUUCUUGAAUUUUUUCUUUUGAGCCAUCUGGUGCCCAUAAAGGGACAUUUAAUGAAGCUGCAAGAUUAGCUGGCUCGCUCUUGUCUUAUGUUGGUUUUCUUUUUUUUGUUUGUUUAGAAAAGUUUAAAAAGGAUUGAAAGGAGAGAUGACUGAAGACAUGAGAGUGAUUUGUUUACUUGACUUGGCAACUGACUCCUCACCUUGCCCCGAUGCACUGUUAAACGUUUUACGUCCCCACGUUUUCUAAAUGAAUUUACAGCAAAUAACCAACAAAAAAGUGUAAGCAAGCGAGAAUCUGAGAAUCUGAUUGUCAUUCCAGAAGAAAGAUGUAGCGCUACAGAUUGCACUCGGUUAUUUGCUCGUACUCUGUGAUGAGCACGAGCAGAAGGUGGAGAAAGGUCAAUUUUUUAUUAUGAAAUGACCACUCUUGCUUUUUCCACUGUAAAGAGAAAACUAUAUUCGAGUAAGCAGUAGAGCCACACUGAGACUAUAAUAGAGCUUUAUUUAUUUGACAUACUGUAUUUCUUAUAUAAACUAAAAAACGUAAAAAAUGGUGACAUGAAAGCUACAUUCCACGUUAUUACUGUUAUAAUGGUUAUUAUAAUAAUAGUAUUUGAGAUGUUCAAAUACUGUACCUGUUCUGUCAACAGUAUGUUGGAGGGAAAAAAAUAAAACUGCUUUUGUUAAAAGUG